UUGAGAACAACGUUGUGUGAACGGGCGAAGCCGCGCGGCUUAAUACAAAGUUGUCGAGAAAACUUUGUGCUUUAUUGUGAGAUAAACGUCUCAAAGCGGAUUCUAUCUGUUUGACUUGUACAAAUCCGGUGCCCCCAUACGGAAUAACGGAAACAAGAAAGAGUCUAUUAGAGGAUGUCGCUUCCUAAACGGGAGGUGGAGGAGUUGAGGCCAUGGGUGGAGCGCACCGUGAAGAAGGUGCUCGGCUUCUCGGAGCCCACUGUGGUCACUGUUGCUCUACAGUGCGUAGGGAAGGGUAUGGACAAAAGGAAAACAACAGACCAACUGCACCCUUUCCUGAAUGAGUCAGCUGGAAGUUUUGUGGAGCGUCUUUUCGAAGUGUUGGAGGAGAGCCGCAGUUCCCGUAGCAACAAAGGAAGUGGAGAAAAGACACGCAAGAGAGACCUGAAGGAGGUGUUUAGCGAUGAGACGGAAACAGCAGGAGUGAAAAGUGCUGUGGCCACCGCUACUGAUGGUACGGUCACCAAACGCAAACGGGUACCCCGCUUUCAGGAGAUUGAGGAGCCAGAGGUCAUACCGGGACCACCAUCAGAGAGCCCGGCAAUGCUCAGCAAAAUGCAGAUCAAACAGAUGAUGGAGGAAGCCACAAAGCAGAUAGAACAGCGAAGGAAACAACUGAACAUUUCAUCUCCUGCACAGACACAAAUGGAAUCUCCGAUGUCCCGCCUUCUCUGCCACGCCGGUGGAGGCGGGUCCAUCAUGCCCUCGCAGGCUGCCAGCUUCAUGAACGACGCCAUCGAGAAGGCUCGCAAGGUCGCAGAGGAGCAGGCGCGCCUCCAGUCCCAGAUGUCCAUGAAGCCCAACAUCCUUGGAGUGUUGGGAAAUGUCAUCCCUCACAACUUUGUGGCACUGGCCAACCUUCACGCCAUGGGAAUCGCCCCACCGAAAGUGGAAGUGAAGGAAGUGAAUAAGCCAACGCCGCUCAUUCUGGAUGACAAGGGUAGAACAGUUGAUGCCACUGGCAAAGAGGUUGAGCUCACACAUCGCAUGCCCACGCUCAAAGCUAAUAUUCGGGCGGUGAAGAGAGAACAGUUCCGUCAGCAACUCAAAGAGAAACCCGGGGAGGAGCUGGAGUCCACUUCCUACUUUGACAAUCGUGUAACGAUAAUAGCACCUCAACGGACUCGCAAGAGCUUCAAAUUCCACGAGCAGGGUCGAUUUGAGAAGAUCGCUCAAAGAAUUCGAACAAAGGCCCAGUUGGAGAGGUUACAGAAUGAGAUUUCCCAGGCUGCGAAGAAGACUGGAAUCCAUGCGUCCACCAAGCUGGCUCUGAUUGCUCCCAGGAAGGACAUUGGAGACAGCGAAGUGCCCAACAUCGAGUGGUGGGACUCAUUCAUCUUGCCCACCAACAUAGAGAUAAAGCCAGAAACCAAACUUGCUGAGGUGGUGCUUUUCGGAGUGACCAAUUUGGUGGAACAUCCUGCUCAAAUUAGCCCUCCAAUUGACAAAGACAAGCCAGUCACUUUGGGUGUAUACUUGACCAAGAAAGAACAGAAGAAGCUGAGAAGACAGACUCGACGGGAAGGCCAAAAAGAAGUACAAGAAAAGGUCCGUCUAGGUCUGAUGCCUCCACCGGAGCCCAAAGUUCGCAUCUCCAACCUGAUGAGAGUGUUGGGGACUGAGGCAGUUCAGGACCCCACCAAGGUGGAGGCCCACGUCAGAGCACAGAUGGCCAAGAGGCAGAAAGCCCACGAGGAGGCCAACGCGGCGCGAAAGCUCACAGCAGAGCAGCGCAAAGAAAAGAAAGUGAAGAGGUUGAAAGAGGAUCUCACCAAUGGGGUUCACAUUACAGUGUACAGGAUCCGUAACCUACAAAAUCCAGCUAAGAAGUUUAAAGUGGAAGCCAAUGCCAACCAGCUGUACCUGACUGGAACUGUAGUUCUGCAUAAAGAUGUCAACUUGGUUGUGGUUGAAGGAGGUCCUAAAUCUCAGAAGAAGUUCAAGAAGCUCAUGAUGCACAGAAUUAAAUGGGAGGAGCAUAACUCCAAAAGAGACGAUCCAGACGGUGAUGACGACACGAGGAGGAACAACAAGUGCUGGUUAAUUUGGGAGGGCACAGCCAAAGAGCGCUCCUUUGGAGAUGUGAAGUUCAAGCAGUGCCCCACAGAAAACAUGGCCAGGGAACACUUCAAAAAGCACGGCACUGAACACUACUGGGAUCUGGCUCUCAGUAAGAGUGUGCUGGACAGUGCGGACGACUGAAGAGCUUAACAGACGAACACAAGCGCUUCAGUCUCAACACCUCACAACAACCCUCCCUCCUUGCCUCGUUCCUUCCAAAAAGCCCCUGAACUUACUUCACAACUGACUGAUUGACUUGAACUUGGAUUGAUUAAAAACUGUUCUGCAAGGACACGUGACAGUUUGGGGUGUUAGAAAAGGAUGAUCAAUAAAACCUUUUUGGAAUGUGGCAGAUCAUGUAUGAAUGUGUGUGUGAAUGAAUGUGUGUUUGUGUGUAUGCCUGAAUUUUUUUUUUAAGGAUGUUCUGUAAGACUACAUAGUGAUAUAAAUCACUUGGCCAGAUAUUUCUGAUGUGAGACCACUGAAAGUGUAUUCUGAGUUCAGUUGUCAAUAAAAGUCCAUCCCUUCAG